UGUGCACGUGCGAGUGAUCUCCGCCCUUGCUAAGAGAGAGAGAGAGAGAGAGAGAGAGAGAGCGAAAACAAAAAACAGAAUCCCAGAUGGAAAAAGUAAAAGAGAGGAAAAGGGUAGAAGAAGAGAGACAGUGGAGAUGGUGAUGAUGAGAAUAAUAAGAAAGAUCUGAUUGCCGAUGGAAUUCCUGUAAAUAUCUGAGGAUUCGUUUUGGAUUUCUAUCGGAGGGAGUGGAAGAGAAGAGAAGAGAAUGAAGAAGGUGGUGCUGCACGUGUAUGACGUCACGAACAGCGCCUCCCCAAAGACGAACAACACCAUCCUCCAUAUUAACAAGAUCUUCAAAGACGCUAUCGGUUUGGGCGGUAUCUUUCACAGCGCUGUCCAGGUUUAUGGAGAUGAGGAAUGGUCUUUUGGAUUCUGUGAAACUGGCAGUGGGGUUUUUAGUUGUCCGCCAACUAGAAAUCCUAUGUACACCUAUCGUGAAUCCAUUGUCCUUGGAGAGACUGACUUGCCAAACUUCAGUGUAAAUCAGAUUCUAAGGGAACUUAGCAGAGAGUGGCCUGGGACCUCAUAUGACUUGUUAUCAAAAAACUGCAACCACUUUUGUGAUGAGCUCUGUGAGAAGCUUGGUGUGCCAAAACUUCCAGCCUGGGUUAACCGGUUUGCUAAUGCUGGGGAUGCUGCUAUGGAAGUUGCUGGAAAUACCGCAUUACGUUGGAGACAAGCAAAGACAGAAAUUGUGACUGCCAGCAAGGUGGCAUACCGGUUCCUGGCGGGUAUAACCUCCAACUCACCAGUUGCUCCAGAAUCUACAAGUAAUUCCAACAGAGUCACCACCCCCAGAUUCCAAGGUGCGUGGUUCAAGAGCAUUGCCUCUUUCAAUGCCAGACCGUCUAGUAGUUCAGAGGUUCCAAACCUGGAGGAAGAAACACGUCAAUAUCAUCAACGCCCACGACCUACAGAACAAUGGCGUUGCAGUUCAGAUGGUAUUUGAGAUUAGAAGACACAAUGGCUAUUUGUAGUAGGAUUAUGGAUCCUUCUCACCUCACACGUGCCAAUGUGGCUGGCAUGUGCGAGACCUGAGUCGUACGUGUGUUGGGCCCCACGUGUGUGCUGCCACCCAAAAGUAACGAUUGGCCAGUCAUCUGGUGGGCCAAACAUGUUUUGAAGAAUUUGGAUGGUCAAAGAAGUUAUCCAAUGGUCCAUAUCCGACGUACAUGUGCUCAGCCCACAUGAUGGCUGACUGGCCUGAUUUUUAGGCCACAGAGCAUACAUGGUGGCCUGGAUCUUGCAGCAUGUUUGGCAUUGCAUGUGUGGGGGGAGUGGGACUUAGGAGCCUACUCUCAUGAGUAGCCAUAGCUCUUGAGAAUGGAAUGGAGCGGUUGUGAGACAUCAUUGCAAUGCUGUGUACUAGUCUGAGAGAAAUUCGGCAUAAGCCAUUGUUGACAUGAUUCAUUCAUUUUAGGCAUUUUCAUUCAUCUA